GAGAGAGAGAGAGAGAGGGGUGUUGGGUUGCAGGACUCCUCCGGGGUAUAUUCCGUGCGUGGAUCCUCUUCUUCGUAGCCAUAAAAGAGAGGAACAAAAAGGACAACCGCAUGCGUUUCUUGGUCUCCCUCCCGAGAUUAAAUUUUAGGUGCGUUCUUCUUCCACUUUCCCCAUUGCCAAUCUCUUAUUCUGUCAUAGAUUUGGUGUUGUGAGUGGUUUUAUCUACAGAGAGUUCCCAUGCGGUCUGUUGAUUCCUUUGCAUGUCGUUUUAUGAUGACAAAGGGAAUGCAAUAUGUUAGAUAGAUGGGCAAACUAGUUUGCGGAAUAUUUUAAUGCAUCUGGGAGGAUGGAAGUAAACUUGAUGCUUUAGCGUAUAAACAAUCUUCAUUAAAUGGAUAUGGGCCUGUGCAUGGUCAGAUAGUUUAUAUGUGCUUACAAUGAUAGUCUGCUAUAGGAUUUUAGUCAUAGUCCAAUGGUGCAAGAAUAUUUCUGUAAUGUGCAGGCAUAGUAAGCAGUCAACUGUCAAUGCAAGGUUGUAGGAACUCAGGCUGCAUCAGAUUAGAUAAUAAGUAGGUUUUCCUUAAAGUAAUGAGAUUUCAGAACUGACUAGCGACAGGAAGUAGUAGAUUAUUCAGCUUUAGGUACACUUGUUUUGGUUGAAAAUUAUUGUCUGCUUAAAGUUCAUGGAGGGUUUGGUAUCACCUUCGGGCAUAGUAAAGCAGACACCCACUCGCAAAUUUUGCACAAGUGGUUCCCAAAAGGAUCUGUGGUCUAUUUCAAGAGAAGGAUCUUUAGCUGAACUAGAUUCAGCUUUGUUAUUACUGAAGAAGAAUGGUGGCAAUAUUAAUUCGAGGAAUGCAUUCGGCCUUACUCCUCUACAUAUAGCAACAUGGAGGAAUCAUGUACCCAUUGUGAAGAGGCUUCUUGCUGCUGGUGCUGAUCCGGAUGCAAGGGAUGGAGAGUCGGGAUGGAGCAGCCUGCACAGAGCACUCCAUUUUGGUCAUCUUGCGAUAGCAAGUGCUCUUCUACAAUUUGGUGCAUCCCUCAGUUUGGAGGACUCUAAAUGUCGUACCCCAGUUGAUCUUCUCUCUGGGCCUGUCUCUCAGGUUGUUGGAAAUGCACUUGACUCAGCUGCAACAGAAGUCUUCGGGUGGGGAAGUGGGACAAAUUAUCAGCUGGGAACUGGCAAUGCACACAUACAGAAGUUGCCAUGCAAAGUUGAUGCACUCCAGGGCUCUUAUAUUAAAAUAAUAGCUGCUUCAAAGUUCCAUAGUGUAGCUGUUGGUUCCAAAGGGGAGCUUUACACCUGGGGAUUUGGGAGGGGGGGUCGCCUUGGACACCCAGAUUUUGACAUUCACAGUGGUCAAGCUGCUGUAAUUACUCCUCGGCAGGUGACAUUAGGGCUGGGGUCACGUCAAGUGAAGUCUAUUGCAGCAGCCAAGCAUCAUACAGUAAUUGCAACAGAAAGUGGAGAGGUUUUUACUUGGGGAUCAAAUAGAGAGGGUCAGCUUGGUUAUACUUCAGUUGACACACAACCUACACCAAGGCGUGUGAGCUCCUUCAAAGUGAAAAUAAUUGCGGUUGCUGCUGCAAACAAACAUACUGCUGCAGUUGCAGAGUCUGGAGAAGUUUAUACGUGGGGUUGCAACAAGGAAGGUCAGCUUGGUUAUGGGACCUCCAACUCUGCCUCAAAUUACACACCACGGAUGGUUGAAUACUUGAAAGGGAAAGUUUUUAGAGGAGUCUCAGCAGCAAAGUAUCAUACUAUAGUCCUAGGAGCUGAUGGGGAGGUAUUUACCUGGGGCCAUCGCCUUGUGACCCCAAAGCGUGUUGUGAUUGCUAGAAGUAUAAAGAAAAGUGGAAGCACACCGCUCAAGUUUCACCGGAUGGAGCGUCUUCAUGUCAUCUCAGUUGCUGCUGGAAUGAUUCAUAGCACAGCUCUUACCGAUGAUGGUGCUCUCUUUUAUUGGGUCUCAUCAGAUCCUAAUUUAAGAUGUCAACAGCUUUAUUCAAUGUGUGGAAGAAAUAUUGUGGGCAUCUCAGCAGGUAAGUACUGGACUGCUGCUGUUACAACAACAGGAGAUGUAUAUAUGUGGGAUGGAAAGAAAAAUAAGGACGUGACUCCUAUUAUAACUCGCUUGCAUGGUGUGAAGCGAGCUACAUCCGUAUGUGUUGGUGAAACACAUUUGCUAGUUCUGUGUGCUCUUUAUCAUCCUGUUUAUCCUUCCAAAUCAGAUGAAUGUCACCUAAAUCCAGUGAAAGACAGCACUGAAUCAGAAGAAUUAGAUGAAGAAUUUCUGUUUGAUGACAUACACACAGAUAUAAGCCCUAAAGCCGUGCAAACUGUUUCAAUCCAUACUGGGGCUGUACCAAGCCUGAAAUGUUUAUGUGAAAAGGUUGCAGCUGAAUUUCUGGUUGAGCCAAAGAAUGCUAUACAGUUAUUGGAAAUUGCAGAUUCUCUAGAAGCUGAAGACCUAAGAAAGCAUUGUGAGGAGCUAGCUAUACGCAACCUUGAUUAUGUAUUCACUGUCUCUGCACCAUCUAUUGCAAACGCUUCGUCUGAAAUUCUGGCCAAGCUUGAGAAGUUAUUGGAUACAAGAUCAUUGGAGUCCUGGAGUCACCGUCGCCUUCCCACACCAACAGCUACUUUUCCUGCUGUUAUUAACAGUGAUGAGGAGGGGGAUAAUGACAUAGGAUAUCUUAGGCUUCGUGACAGUCACAAACCUGUAUCAAGAAAAUAUGAAGACUCAAGAUCUGACUGUUUUCUGCAAAAAGAGAGCAUUGCUGAUCAAGCGGUCUUCAAGCAAGUCAGAGCACUUAGGAAAAAAUUGCAGCAAAUAGAGAUGCUUGAAGCUAAGCAGUCUGGUGGUCAGCUUCUUGAUGGCCAACAGAUUGCAAAGCUUCAAACCAAAUCUGCUCUUGAAAGUGAACUUGUGGAACUUGGGUUUCCCCUUGAGAAAGAAUCCAGACUAUCUUAUCCUGGCUUAUCCAAUGGGAAGGGGAAUAAGAAAGAUGAUUUUUCUAGAAAACAAAGGAGGAAAAAUAAGCAGAAGACAGCACAAUCUGAUGUUCUUUCUGUAAAUAGUGAAUUUUAUGAGGAGCAGCACUUAGAUGAGGAAUUCCCUGACAUCAAAACUCUUCAAACAUCUUGGGAAAAGGAAGAGGUUGAGGGGGAUGCUACCAAUAACAUUGGAAUCACUGAAGACCGCUCUUUUGACAGCCCAAGAGGCAUUUCUAAAUCUCAUAAUGAUAAGGCUUCCCAAUCAAAAUCAUCAAAGAAAAAGAAUAGGAAAGGUGGUCUGUCAAUGUUUCUGAGUGGUGCUCUUGAUGACACCCCAAGACAUGCCCCUCCACCCCUGACACCUAAAAGUGAGGGACCAGCAUGGGGUGGGGUUAAAAUCACGAAAGGACACACUUCUCUUCGUGAGAUACAAAAUGAGCAGAGUAAAACAAAGGAGAUGAUAAUUGCUAGUUCAAUGGAUCAGUCUGAAGAUCCAGUUGAGCCAGCAAGUAGUGGACAGAUUCGACUGAGUUCAUUUCUACCUGGGGCAAUAUCAAGCCCUAUAGCUGUUGUCCCAGCCCGAAACACUCCAGCAUCUGAAGGAGAUAAGAGCACACCUCCUUGGUCAUCAGCUGCUACUUCACCUGUUUUGUGCCGGCCAUCAUUGAGGGAUAUCCAAAUGCAACAGGAGAAAAAACAACAGAGCCUCUCUAACAGCCCUAAAACUAGGAUAUCAGGCUUUUCGGUCUCUACUCAGGUUUCAACAUCAGAAGCUAGUGGUCAGAAACAUUCUGUCCCCAACCGCUGGUUCAAGCCGGAGACCGAUGCUCCAUCCUCCAUCCGCUCAAUUCAGAUCGAGGAGAGAGCAAUGAAAGACCUCAAGCGCUUCUACAGCAGUGUUAAGCUGGUGAAACCCCAGCCUCAACCACUGUGAUCUUAGGAACAUGUAUGAUUUUACCCCUUUUUCCAGUCAACUUGUAAACGAGAUUGUACAGAUAACUGUAACUUUAGUCCUUAAUUUAGUUAUGUUACUUAGAUGAGUCGAUCUUGCUGCCUUUUUAUAUAA